AUGAAUGAUACCUUUAAAGAAACCAGUUUGGGACCGAGUUUGGAUUCUAGACAACAUGAAUCUAUACGCAGUUAUUAUACCCCUUUUCCUGCAAUGUAUCCUUCUUGGGAGUCAUUUGCAACACAAAAAACACAGCAACGAACUUAUCCUAACAAG